CAGCAAACGUCGUUCCUAUGGAUGCUUAUAGCCUACAAUUUAGCAUAAUGUAAAAUGCAUGUCUAAAUCAUCACACAGUCACUUCCAGUGAUAUCCCUAACAAGAGGAAAAAAGUGAUUCACUACUACAUGCUGAUGGAUGAAGAGUUUGUGUCAGGUGUGGCCCGCCCUGUGAGUAACAGCAUCUCAGAACAGCGUUCAAUGCUGCUGGUGUCUGAAGGUCAUGGUGAUCAGAUCCUCAAAGUUCUACGCACAUUUCGUGACAAAGGAAUGCUUUUUGAUUUCCACAUUCAAGUUCAGGGUGAGAUCCUGCCAUGUCAUCGCUGUGUCCUUGCUGCUUGCAGCGACUUCUUCAAGGCCAUGUUUGAGGUAAACAUGAUAGAAUGCGAUGGUGGCUUGGUCACACUGAGUAAUCUCUCCCCAGAGGCUGUACGCAGCUUUCUGGACUUUGCAUACUUGGGCCAGAUGGAGAUCAUGGAAGAAAACGUCGACAUGCUUUUCCAUUUGUCAUCUUUUUUACAGGUGAGUGCGCUCUCGCAGGCCUGUAGUGAAUUUUUAAUCCAGACGCUUGACCUCUUUAACUGCCUUCACUUGUUGGCCAUCGCUGAGGGAUACGGCUCAUCCCGCCUACUGCACUAUGCUAGUGAGUUUGUGAUGGCUAACUUCCAUGCACUUUCCUCCAGUCCAGACUUCCUAGAGAUGCCUGCAGGAAUCUUGCGGCACUGCCUAGCCUCAGAUUCACUCAGUGUGCCAGACGAAGAAAGUGCACUGCGAUCCUUGAUCCUGUGGACUCAGCAUGACCAGCAAAAUCGACGCAGUUUAUUUCCUGAGCUUCUCACUCACAUCAGACUGCACCACCUUCCCCCUGCUAAACUAGAGGAAAUGGGCCAGUCUGAAGCACUGAUACUGGACAAUGAUGACUGUUCCAGGGCAGUGAUGAAAGCAUUGGCAGAAGUGACAGACUUUAGUGGACUUUUUACAGAUGCCCGUCCAUCCACAAUAUCCAGCUACAUCUACGUGCACAAAACAGAGGAAAAUGGUGAGAAACGCCACACAUUCUGCUACAAUGUGUCAGCCAGACAGUGGCACCAGCUGCCGAACUCUGGGCUUGCAGACCUCCCUGGCUCAUCCAUUACCAGUAUUGGAGAGAAGCUGUUUGUCAUUGGAGGAUGCCAUGGGAAAUGUUGCAGGAUGGUGAGACUUCAUAUUGCUGAGCCAGAGCAUGAGGCUGUGAGGGAAGCAUGGUGCUACUCUCCUGUCACUGGAAAAUUUGUAGAAAUCCAGCCCAUGCAAUGCCCACGAACCAUGCAUGUCUCUGUCUCAGCCCUGCACCAUAUUUAUGUCAUUGGUGGUAAAAGUCUGGGAAUGCAUGGCCUCCUUGAUGUGGAGUGCUAUGACCCCCUAGGGAACACAUGGAAGUCUGUGAGUCCAUUACCACACCGGAUCUACUUCCCAGAGACUGCAGUGUGUGGCACCAUUAUCUACACUCUGGGCUCAGAGCUGGAGACCUCUGAUGCUUUCAACCCAACACUGGACUGUUUUUUCCGCUAUGAUGCUGAAGCUAAUGAAUGGUGCCAGCUGCUACCAGAGUUGGGCCAGCUCUUUCAUGCCACCCUUGUUAAAGCUGUGUCUAUUAAGACAACACUCUACCUGUGUGAUCUGUCCACAUAUAAGGUGUACAGUUUUUGUCCAGACACCUGUGUCUGGAAGAUCGAGGCCUCUUUUGAGUGUGCAGGUUUUAAUGCAGGUGCCAUUGGUGUGCAGGAAAAAAUUUACAUCCUGGGAGGGGAUUAUUCUCCUGACGAGAUCACAGAUGAAGUGCAGGUUUAUGACAUCAGGCAGAGUGAGUGGCAGGAGGUCGUGCCAAUGCCACGUGCAUUAACUGAGUUUCACUGCCAAGUGAUCAGUUUUAACCACUACCGGGAUCCAUGGAGAGUUGAACCUGCUGAGAUACAAUAAAGACACAAGCACACAAUAAAUGAUACUUUUGCUAACAUAUAUACACUCACAUUCUUACAGGAACCAAAUGACAAUAUACAUUCAUGUUUAUUUAUCAUGUUUAUGCUCAUAUGUGCAGUCCUCCACAUAAUAAGAUAAUAAUAAUAAUAAUAAUGUAACAACGCUGUAGUCUUUAGUAGAAGUGAUACCCAGCUAGUAAAAUCCUUACACAUGCUUGCUUUA